AAGCAAACAUACUACAAUAAAUAGCACUCUCAUUUCCUCAAUAACAGAUCCGACGUGGAUAUCAAGGAGAGAGGCCUGUGAAGAAAGACAUCAAGUUUUCGUCUAAUUAAGGGUAUAAAGUCUCAUCACUUUGAAAAUGGAAGCAAGUUUGUUCCCUCAAACAGCAAGCUACAAAACUGUGAGUUUCAACACUGAAUUCAAAGAUGUGAGUGUGGGAUCAUACCAGAUGUUCAUGGGAUCUCUACGAAGAGAGCUGUCUAGUGGAACCGAGAGCCAUGGCAUUCCAGUGUUGCGUACAAAAUCCACAGCGGUCAAAGACAAACAGUUUGUCUAUGUAAGACUUUUCAACAAAACUGUCUCCAUUACAUUUGCAAUAUCUGCUCUCAACUCAUAUGUGAUAGCAUAUCAAGUUGACAAAGAAAAGCGUUGCUACUUCUUCAAAGAAGCUCCUCCCGAAUCGAAAACUUUACUUUUCAAACAAUCUACUAAAAGGGUCAGUGUUAAUCUGGCAACUAAUUAUGUCAGCUUAGGAAACAGAGAGAAAACAGUUUUGGGAUUCAAGGCAUUAGACAAAUCCCUCGAAGCUUUUCACAAAUUUGAUAGCAAGGAUCCCACAAACGAGCUUCGUCAAAAUCUUCUAGUUGUUAUCCAAAUGGUUGCAGAGGCUACAAGAUUCAAAUAUAUUCAGCAGAAACUGGAAUGGAAUGGGUUUGAUUCAGGCUUUUUCCCAAAAGGUGAUAUUAUUAGCUAUGAGAAUAAAUGGGAAGAUCUUUCCAGAGCAAUCCAGAAGUCUCAACAUGGAAAAUUUCCUGCAACAAUUCAAUUACAAAACGAAGACUAUAGUCCACGCAAUGUGUCCACGGUUGCAGAAGUGAAAAACGACAUGGGACUCUUGCUGAAUGUGGCCACAUUGAUCUUGAUCGAGUGAGUUAUCAACUGCUACUUACUAAUGAAGCCCUUAUCAGGAUGUGUACUGUAUGAUAUUUUAAUCAUAAUGUUUCCCUUUUAUCAUCUUCCUAUUAUAAAUAUAUAUAUGUUUGUAAUAAUGUUUUAAUAUGAGGAAUAAAAUCAUCCUGUGUUAUAAUAAUAAGUUCGGUACACAACACAA